CUUCAAAGCCGAUCGAGUAGCCAAAAUUCCGGGUCGAUAUGGCGUUUUACAUCGCAUUCUUCAAGCUGCAAUUAUUAUGUAUCUUAUAUAUUCGAUUAUAAUGUCGGAACUUUAUCUAAAAAAAGAACUUCCUAUACCCGGUGCAGUUCGAACAACACUAAAAGAAUCUGACAAUUUUAGCACUCCUUCCUAUUGCACCGGGCAAUUACCAUGCGUUUUUUGGAGUGCUAAUGAAAUUCAAUAUCCUUCUGAUGGCGAGAGCUUUGCGUUUUUUACUACAAGAGCAAGUGUAAUAAAUUAUCCUUCAUUACCUGGAUGUAGUUUUUUAAAAGCCACAUCUCGAUCAGAUCAUUGUUUUUUUAAGGCUGCAAAUAAUGCAACCACAAUUUUGCCACCAUCUUACAUUGUUGGAAUUGAAAAUUUCACUGUCAUGAUUGAACAUUCCAUAAGAGGGAAGGUCACAUCUAUUGCGCUUCGUAACGGAUUGAUGGAUGGUGAACUUAUGUCUUUCGACGGGAAAAGUCUUAGAACUAUAACAAAUGCUACUAGGAUGGCCUCAAAUCCUAAAGCUGAUGGUGAUAUCUUCACUGUUCAAGAGCUCCUCACAGCUGCUGGUGCAAAUUUAGACUCUCCUUCAACUGCUCCUGGUGCUGAUAAAACUGCAAAUGAAACUUAUAGAUCUUCUGGAAUAGUUAUUGUAGUUGUGAUUGAAUAUAGAAACGUUCUUUAUAAGAAUGAUGUCAUAUCUUAUAAAUAUUUACCUCGAUUAAUUGAUGGAAAUGAAUAUAAAGUUUUAGAAAAUAUCUACAAUGUUACUGAUGGUUCAUUUACUAUUAUUGAUAGGCAUGGUAUCCGAUUUAUAUUUCAACAACAUGGAUCAAUUGGUGAAUUUGAUCUAAUUACUCUUCUUACAAGUAUUGUUGCAAGUUUUGCACUCUUUGGUGGUGCUAAUUUAAUUGUAGAAAUAAUUAUUAGUCUUACGAAAAAAGAUUAUGAAAGGGUUAAAUACUUUGAAGAUCUUGAACAGCAAAGAUUAGAAAAAUAA